UUCCAGCGGCUCCGGGUCGAGCACCGGAGUCCCGAGCCGUGGCUGCCGCUGGCGGUGGGCGGGCGGAGGGGGUCACCGAACCACCAGCGGAGCUGCCGGGCACCGGGCAGCCGUCCGCCGGCCAGUGGCGGAGCGCGGGAGCCGCGGAGGGACCGCCCGCAGCGGGGAGGCGAGGACCGGCGCUGGGCUUCUCUCGCCCGGCUGCUGAAGCUAGAGCUGAUCUCCUCUGUCUCCAAGGGAGGGCCCUGAGGAGAGGGGCCCAGGUCAUUCCUGUCUGAACUAAUCCAGUGGGAAGGUCAUGGUCAUACGAUUCUGAGUCCACCACGCUCUUUAGGUACUUUCAUAGCCCAUAACUUAAGUGUCUUGAAAUCUGAGGAUUCCACCAAGAUAAUAUGAUAAGAACUUGCAGUCAUUUGGGACUACAUCCUACUUAAAGUAACCUGAGGCUUCCAGAUUUCAUGAGAGCGUGGUACAGCUACAUACACUUCUUUCCUAUUGGCAUAGGCAGUAAUGCCAUCUCUGCCUCAAGACGGAGUUAUUCAGGGAUCCUCACCCCUGGAUCUGAAUAUGGAGUUACCUUAUCAAAGCACUGUGAAAAGGAAAGUCAGAAAGAAGAAGAAGAAGGGAAUCAUUACUGCAAAUGUUGCUGGGACAAAGUUUGAAAUUGUUCGUUUAGUAAUAGAUGAAAUGGGAUUUAUGAAAACUCCAGAUGAGGAUGAAACAAGUAACCUUAUAUGGUGUGAUUCUGCUGUUCAGCAGGAGAAAAUUGUAGAGCUGCAGAAUUACCAGAGGAUCAACCAUUUUCCAGGAAUGGGGGAGAUCUGUAGAAAGGAUUUCUUAGCAAGAAAUAUGACCAAAAUGAUCAAGUCUCGGCCUCUGGAUUAUACCUUUGUUCCUCGAACAUGGAUCUUCCCUGCUGAAUAUACUCAAUUCCAGAAUUAUGUGAAAGAAUUGAAGAAAAAACGGAAGCAGAAAACUUUUAUAGUAAAACCAGCUAAUGGUGCAAUGGGUCAUGGGAUAUCUUUGAUAAGAAAUGGUGACAAACUUCCAUCUCAGGAUCAUUUAAUUGUUCAAGAAUACAUUGAAAAGCCUUUCCUAAUGGAAGGUUACAAGUUUGACUUACGAAUUUAUAUUCUGGUAACAUCAUGUGAUCCGCUAAAAAUAUUUCUCUACCAUGAUGGACUUGUGCGAAUGGGAACAGAAAAGUAUAUUCCACCUAAUGAGUCCAAUUUGACCCAGUUAUACAUGCAUCUGACAAACUACUCUGUGAACAAGCAUAAUGAACGUUUUGAACGGGAUGAAACUGAAAACAGAGGCAGCAAACGUUCCAUCAAAUGGUUUACAGAAUUCCUACAAGCAAAUCAACAUGACGUUGCUAAGUUUUGGAGUGAUAUUUCAGAGUUGGUGGUGAAGACUCUGAUUGUGGCAGAACCUCAUGUCCUGCACGCGUAUCGAAUGUGUAGGCCCGGUCAACCUCCAGGAAGUGAAAGUGUCUGCUUUGAAGUCCUGGGAUUUGACAUUUUGUUGGAUAGAAAACUAAAACCUUGGCUUCUGGAGAUUAAUCGAGCCCCAAGCUUUGGAACUGAUCAGAAAAUAGACUAUGAUGUAAAAAGGGGAGUGUUGCUCAAUGCACUGAAGCUACUAAACAUCAGGACCAGUGAUAAAAGGAGAAACUUGGCAAAACAAAAAGCAGAGGCUCAAAAGAGACUUUAUGGUCAAAAUUCAAUAAAAAGACUCCUACCAGGUUCCUCAGACUGGGAACAGCAGAGACACCAGCUGGAGAGACGGAAAGAAGAGUUGAAAGAGAGACUUGCUCAAGUACGAAAGCAGAUUUCACGAGAAGAACAUGAAAAUCGACAUAUGGGGAAUUAUAGACGAAUUUAUCCUCCAGAAGAUAAAACACUGCUUGAGAAGUAUGAAAAUUUGUUGGCUGUUGCCUUUCAGACCUUCCUUUCAGGAAGAGCAGCCUCAUUCCAGCGAGAGCUGAAUAAUCCUUUGAAAAGAAUGAAGGAGGAAGAUAUUUUGGAUCUUUUGGAACAGUGUGAAAUGGAUGAUGAAAAGUUGAUGGGAAAAACUACCAGAUCUCGAGGACCAAAGCCUCUGUGUUCUAUGCCAGAGAGUUCCGAGAUAAUGAAAAAGCAGAGGUACUGCAGCAGUGACAGCAGUUACGAUAGUAGUGGCAGCUCCUCAGAAUCUGACGAAAAUGAAGAAUAUCAAAAUAAGAAAGGAGAAGAGCAAGCUCCAUGUGAUCUUAAGCACUCCAGCCACUGCAAAUUAAUCCAGCAAUCCAAUUCCAUGAGGCGGUCAGUCAGUUGCCCUCGGUCCAUCUCUACCCACUCACCUUCCAUGGGGGACACUCGCCCCAUUUCUGCUCAACAAGUGAUAUCAGUAUCACGGCCAACUUCAGCAUCUCGGUCACAUUCCUUAAAUCGUACUUCCUCCUACCUGAAACCGCUGCCUCCUAGUAAUGAAGCCAACUCUGACAAUUCUCAGGUGAGUGAGACUUUGCGGCAACUGAAAACAAAAGAAGAUGAGGAAGAAUUAACUAGUCAGACCUUAAUUGUUCUCAAAGACAUGAAGAUCCGGUUUCCAGGAAAGUCAGAUGCAGAAUCCGAACUUCUGAUAGAAGAUAUCAUCGAUAACUGGAAGUAUCAUAAAACAAAAGUGGCUUCAUAUUGGCUCAUAAAAUUGGAUUCUGUGAAACAGCGAAAAGUGUUGGACAUAGUAAAAACAAGUAUUCGUACGGUUCUUCCACGCAUCUGGAAGGUAGCUGAUGUUGAGGAAGUAAAUUUAUAUCGGAUUUUCAACCGGGUUUUUAAUCGCUUACUCUGGAGUCAUGGCCAAGGGCUCUGGAAUUGUUUCUGUGAUUCAGGAUCCUCCUGGGAGAGUAUAUUCAGUAAAAGUCCGGAGAUGGUAACUCCUUUGCAGCUCCAGUGUUGCCAGCGCCUGGUCGAGCUUUGUAAACAGUGCCUGCUAGUGGUUUACAAAUAUGCAACUGACACAAGAGGAUCGCUCUCAGGCAUUGGUCCUGACUGGGGUAAUUCCAGGUAUUUACUACCAGGAAGUACCCAAUUCUUCAUGAGAACACCAGUCUACAACACAAAAUACAAUUCUCCUGGAAUGACUCGCUCCAAUAUUUUGUUUACAUCCCGAUAUGGCCAUUCGUGAAACUGAAAGGAAGAUCAUCAUAGGUCAUGCAUAAUAGCAAUUAUUUUACUGCCUCAAGUUGAACACACAAAGACAGUGACCAUUAAGUGCUGUUUUAUGUAUAUAUGACAUAUAUAUGUGUGGAAAUAUAUGCACACAUGCACUCAAAUAGUAUAUAUAUAUAUUUAUUUAUUAUAAUACAUGAAAGAAGAAUUAGCAGAAAAUCGAAUAUAAGAUUUAACCUUUCUGGAAAUGUAAUAAACCAUGUUAAAAUUGUUUACACAAAUAUGUGAAUGUCUAGAAUUUGCUAGGUUUAUAAUUCCUUCCUACUAGAAAUGUUAUUUUUCUGCAGAGAUUAUAAAACAGAAUUGAUCUUGAAGAUCCCAUUACAGUGUUAAAUUAUUUUCUAGAUAAUAUAGCUUUUGACUUGAAAAAGCAUUAAUAGUAUAAUAUGUUAUAGUUCUCUUACUCACAGUAACCAUUUAAAAUGAAACACAAAAGAUUUAGAAGCCUGGUGUUGCUUGAUGACAGGAUUAAGUAUAAAAUGGGCUUACCAUUAACAUAGCACAUGUAAAGUACUAGAAAAAAAUCCAAACCUGAUUUUCCUACAUUUUUAUUCCUCUGUGUGGGAAUUUAUCAACAUGUAAUAAUGUACAUUUUCAGUAAGGAUCUCAUAAGAUCAUAUUAUGGUCUAAAACAGAAGACAAUCCAUUGGGCUAACAAUAAAAUGUAAUAUAGUUUUUACCUUUUCCUUUUAUAGGGAAUCACAUAAAGGAACAGAAAAUGAUGGUAAUGACAGAAUUCUAUGAGACUUUUGUGUCUCAUAACAUUCAUUAUUAUUUGGAAAGUAUAUCUUUGAUGGGUAAACACAUGGUUAAAUACAAUUCUUCUGCAGAAGUAGAAGAGCAAACAUUUCAAACUCAUUUUGGUGUUAAAACAUAAUGCAUCACAUGUAUUGUGUAAUAAAUCUCUCAAUGUUGACUCCAGUUUACAUUAAAAAGUCUAAUAUGGUAGUUUCUUAUUGCACCAUAGAAAAUCUAAAUGAUUCUGAACAGAAAAUUCUAGUAACCACAUAUUACUAAUAAUUGACAUACCCUUAAGAGUUUUUUUUUUUUAAAUACAAUAUGGAGUUUUCUUCCUGUCCAUUGUUAUGGAUAAGUUUCACAGCAAUUUACUUCCAUUUCUUACUUACAGUUUCAAAACCAACGAUGAGCUUUUAGUUUUCCACAAUAUAUUAACAGUACUAUCAUUGAACUCCUUAGAAAGUGUAAUAUUCCUUUCAGAAAUUUUAUUGAAACUUCUUCACCCAAUGGUUCUUCUCAUAGAUGCUAAUUCAUUUGCAAAAUUCAUGAAUGUUUUACUUCUUUUUAAUAUCCUAAAAUUUAAAUCAAGAAACGGCCUCACAGCAGGAGAACUGAGCAGGCAGAUUGGCCUGGUUUAAUUCAGAAGCGGAUAGCUGGCAACCCAGAGUUGUAAGUUAGGUAGACUGCUUUUAAGGCCAUCUUCUGAGAGUUUUCAAUGGAAAUGAUUUAUUUCUUUCCUAAAUUAUUGCUCAUUACUUCAUUUUUUUUUUUGACUACUUAGCAUCCACAUUCCAGUUGGGAACUUUCUUUGCUGAAUGCAUCCCAAAUAAUUAGUCAUUGUCAUUGUGAGAAAAGAGGACAAAAUAUUGGGAUGAAGGAAAUUCCUGAAGUAUUUAUGACUUAUUUUGUGAAUUCUCAAACAUGGGAUAGCUUUUCCAGAAUAAAUAAUGUAAAAUCUUAUAAAAUGAUCACUAUAAGAAUGAUCAACAAGUCAGUCAUUUCAUAGAGUAUUUUUAGUCUUUUUUUUUUUUUUAAUCAUGAUUUGACCAUGAAGGAGAUACAACUUACAGUGGCUGAUAAAUGCUGUCAACCCAGUUCAUUGACCAUUUUCAUUAUCUUAAGUCACAAAUGGUCACUUAAUUUGCAAUAGUGCAUGUUUUGGAAAUUCUGUUUUUCGUCAUAUAAGAGUGAAAUUUUUAUUUAAAAUAAAAAAUGAAAAUGCUCAAUACUGGGAGGAACCCUUCCUCCAGAAACACACACACACACACACACACACACACACACACAAACACAA